CCUCUCAGGACUCUGACUCCUCUGACGGUUCGCUUCGGGUUCUGGAAGUUGGAGCCGAACAUGUCGGCAGCACCAGGGCUUAUCGAUGGACUUUCUGUGGAGGACCAGAGGGAGCGGAUUUCGGAGCAGACAUUCCGCGGAGAGCAACACUUAGUCCGGUUGGAUCCAAGUCGGACUCGUGCACGCCCUCCCAGCGAAGCUGGACCAGGUCGUCUCAGUGAGCCAGAAGUCCAGGCCCCUCAGCUGGACGACUGUGAGAGGAUGGGGACUCUGUUUGGGAUGAUCAACAAGUGUCUGCGGGGUGUAGGCUUCACCCAAGUCUACUUUGGAGACAGGACAGUGGAGCCGGUGGUGGUGGUGCUCUUCUGGGUGCUGCUCUGGUUCCUGGGUUUCCAGGCUUUAGGACUGGUGGGAACUCUGUGCAUAAUCAUCAUCUACAUUCAGAAGUGAUGCUCAGAGUGGAGCAGCUGGGUUCUUUGAUGCUGCCUGGUUUCCUGCUGAUGGAGGUUUGUAAUCAGCGGGAGAUGUUUGUGGAGCAUCUUUUAGAUCUGUUAUGGGCGACAUUUUUUUUUUUUAAAGUGGAAAUUAAAUUCCAUUUAAGAAUAUCAAGGAUUUCCCUGGAUAAUCAUACAUGGAACUGCCUUUACUGCAGUUUCAGCAUUAAUUGUGAUGAAGACAGGAACUGUGUGCACAAACAAGCCAAAGUUAUGUUUCUCCUGAAGCUGCUCCAAACAUCCUGAUAAUCUUCUGCCCCCUCUUAUCUGACUAAAGAUGCCAAUCCGAACGUCUCCUUUGUUUUAUAGGAGCAUUAGCUCCAAAUAAGCCUCUGACUUCAUCACCUUAAUGUAGCUCUGCAGGAUCCUAAUAAUCAGUCAGACGGAUUGCAGGAAAAAUGUCAUGUUCAUCCUCGGUUGGUGUGUUAGUUAACCUAUGCAGCAGCAGAACCAUAUUCACAGAAAAUUCAAUGUUCAACUAAACAGCUUUGCCUCACUCUGGAUCAAUUUGUUUUACCUAACAAUCAAUUUCUUUUUUUUUUUUUUUUUUGUCUGAAGUAAGAAUCAGAAAUG